AUCCAGGCAAAAGCUAGCUGUCAGAACUAAGAUCAAGUGAUGGAAACUCGAGUUCUUCUCUUCUUGACUCUGGUUUCCGUUUCUUUCGUAUGGGUUCAUUCAGCCACGUUCACUUUCAAAAAUCAGUGUCCGUACACGGUCUGGCCAGCAACUUUAACCGGUGCCGGCUCGCAGUUAUCAUCGACGGGAUUCGAGUUAGCAUCGGGAGCUUCAUCUUCUCUUGACGUUCUCGCUCCAUGGUCCGGUCGAUUCUGGGCCAGAACCCUUUGCUCCACGGACUCUACCGGAAAAUUUGCUUGCGCCACCGCAGACUGUGCCUCUAAUCAAGUGUCAUGCAACGGAGCCGGUGCAAUCCCACCGGCCUCCCUAAUAGAGCUAACUAUCGCAGCUAAUGGCGGACAAGACUUUUACGACGUGAGUCUGGUGGACGGAUUCAACUUACCGCUUUCAGUGACCCCACAAGGUGGGUCUGGGGAUUGCAAUACCACAAGUUGCCCGGCAAAUGUGAACUCUGCUUGCCCGUCGGACCUGGCUAUGAAGGGGUCAGAUGGGAGUGUGAUUGGUUGUAAGAGUGCUUGUUUGGUCUUUAAUCAGCCACAGUACUGUUGCACCGGCCAAUAUGCUACGCCGGAGACUUGCCUGCCCACCGACUAUUCUCGGUUCUUCAAGAGUCAGUGCAGCCAGGCUUAUAGUUAUGCUUAUGAUGACAAAUCCAGCACUUUUACCUGCUUUGGUGGGCCUAAUUACCUUAUCACGUUCUGUCCGUGACGUG